CUCUCUCUCUCUCUCUUUCUCAUUGAUAAGGUGCUCUGCCACGAACGUUGCUUGAAGCAUCUGCCAACUAUCGAACCUUAUCUUCGUGAGAAACAUUUGCGACUUAGCGCCGAUCGUAUUGGACUCAAUGAUUGGCCACCGAUAAUAGGUGCCAUUGCUAGGAAUCGAGACCUCGUGGAAAUUUUCAUUUACAGUCGAUCGAAACGUAGAAAAAUACGUGAGAAGAUUAAUAAUCAAGAAAAACUCGAAACUCUAUGGCGUUACAGAGCAAAGGAUCAACAACAACAGCCAAUACUUUACACGAAUUUCUUACUACGAUGUUUUUUAAAUUCAAUAACGAUCUGCAUGAAAGAAUCCAAGGCAUUGAAAUCUCUCGUUCUCGAUGGAAUUCCUCUUUCACCUAAAUAUUUGCGUCUAUUAUGCGAUGGUUUUGUUAAUAAUAUUUCAUUGGAGAAUUUAUCUUUGCCAAGAUGUAACAUCGGUGAUACUGGUUGCGACAUGUUGUUGAAUUCUUUAAGAGAUCAUUCAAAUUUGAAAAGUUUAGAUUUAUGUAAUUGUUGUUUGACCAAUAGAAGUGUCGGAUCUUUGUCAUUAUUUUUAAAAACGAGAAAUGUCAAUCUUUCACGAAACAUUUGGAAGGAUUUGAAUACUGACAAAUCUGGAAGAAAGAAUCACGGAUUGCACACACUUUUAUUAAAUAAAAAUAAUAAAUUAAGUGACAAUGGUAUUCGACGAUUGAUGCAUGUAUUGAAGGAUGAUUUUUAUUUGAAAAUAUUAGGAUUGAGGUAUUGCGGUAUCACAAAAACAGGUGCUGAAACAAUUUUAGAUUCUCUUAGGAUGAAUAAUGUAUUAACAACAAUUGAUUUGAGAGAGAACGAUAUACCAAAUGAUAUUUUACGAUCAAUCAUGAAAAUGUUGAGACGAAAAAAUGGUGAAACAAACGAUCGUAAUUCGAUGAACAGAAAAUCUGAUCGAAGAUUCGAAAAAGAUCAUCCUACGUUUCGUGAGAAAAAAUCUAACAGAAUGAAUACCUCACGUCGAUUAUUAACCAAUGACAAAAAAAUUAUGGAAAAUACCAUAGAAUCGUAUCACGAGAUUAAUGAUUUUGUGGAUAGUAAAUUAAACGAACAAGUUAAUUUGGAAAAUGUUGAAAAUGUUGGCGAUGACGAUGAUAAAAUGGAAUUGAAUUUGCAAGAAUUGCAAUUAAGAUUGGCCAAUAUGAAAUCUUGCAACGAGGCAUUGGGAGAAGAGAUUAAAAAAAAACUAAUAACGUUGGAGGAAGAAACAAAUCGUAGAAAUGAAGCUGAACAAACUUGCGAGAAGAUAAAAUCGCUUUUGGAAAGGCUCAAAGAUAAAAUUAUCGUUUGUUCUCGAACUCGUUUGGAAGAGGACAAGGACAAUCAAGCUUUUGAUAGUUUUCGUAGUGUUCUCAGAGUUUUGCAAGGUUUAUCUACAGCUGGUAAGUUACCUACGAUCGAAAUGCAAGAAAAUUCUAACGAAGAAUAAACCAUCAAUCAAUAAUCAAGAUAGAUAGAUACAAUUACCAAUCGUUUUGAUCAAUUGUCAAUUUAAAAAUAAUGAAAAAUAUUUUAUAUAUAAAAAAUACAAAAUUUGCAUU